AGCAGCGUGAACGCGCAGUGCUGCGCGUGGAUGAGUGGCCGCACUGAUUAGCAGGGCAAAGUAGUUUUCAGCGACCGUCACCGAGCUGCGAAUGACUGCGGUUUAAUUACAUUCAAACAGCACGCACGGAUAAAAAUAUGCGCAACUAUUCAGCGCGGACUUGAAUUUCAAGGAGUUGUUCGGGAAGCGAGCGGCGGCAGAGAAAAGAAAACCAAUUAAUUCAGUGGGAAUGCAGGGAAUUAAAUAGAGACUUAGGCAUUUUGCUUGUCUAUUACGUGUGUGCUGCUCUGCGACCCAUCCAGAGAGGAGACGAAAAACUUGAGUCCCAAGUAAAAUUUACUUCAGCGUUCACGUCUGGAGCUCACUUAGAAGCUGCCAGUAACAGUUCCAGCACAUCAAAGUGAAAAUGUCUUGAAUCGGUGGCCUCUCCAGCCCAGUAAAGGACGUGCCAGUGCCAGCUGCUGCUAAUGGGAACUCCUGCUCCGCCAUGAGUUCUCGUGAUGGCGGUGGCGGCGUUGGUGGCGUGGGCACCCUUGGUCGGCGGCAGCGCUUCGAGAACUCAGAGUUCACGGUGCGUAUCUACCCAGGAGCCCUGGCUGAGGGCACCAUCUACUGCCCGAUAAGUGCCCGCAAGACCACCACAGCUGCUGAGGCCAUCGAACGUGUCAUUGACCGCCUACAGCUGGAUCGUACCAAGUGUUAUGUUCUGGCUGAGGUGAAGGAGUUUGGUGGGGAAGAAUGGAUUCUGAACCCAUCCGACUGUCCUGUGCAGAGGAUGAUGCUAUGGCCCCGUGUGGCACUAGAGCAACGUCCACUGUCUGGCGGUGAGGAUUACCGCUUCCUCCUAAGGCAAAAGAACCUGGAUGGCUCAAUUCACUAUGGUGGCAGCCUCCAGAUGUGGCUGCAGGUCACAGAGGAGCGUAGGCGUAUGGUGGAACGUGGACUGCUGCCACAGCCUGAUUCUCAGGGUGAUCAUGCAGAUCUUUGCCAUCUGCCGGAGCUUAACGAGCGCUCGCUGCUGGACAACCUGCGCUUCCGCUUCCUCCAGGAAAGGAUCUACACUUAUGUUGGAAGCAUCCUCAUCGUCAUUAACCCCUUCAAGUUCCUGCCCAUCUACAACCCCAAGUAUGUGAAGUUGUAUGAUAAUCAUACACUGGGAGAUUUGGAGCCACAUAUUUACGCCGUGGCUGAUGUGGCUUACCACGCCAUGCUACAGAGAGAGAGAAAUCAGUGCAUUGUUAUAUCAGGGGAGAGUGGCUCUGGGAAGACACAAAGCACAAACUUUCUUAUUCAUCAUCUGACCGCUCUCAGCCAGAAGGGUUUUGCCAGCGGAGUGGAGCAGAUAAUCUUGGGGGCAGGGCCAGUACUAGAGGCAUUUGGGAACGCAAAGACAGCCCACAAUAACAACUCGAGCCGUUUUGGCAAAUUCAUUCAGGUGAACUACCAGGAGAGUGGCACUGUGAGAGGAGCAUAUGUGGAAAAAUACCUUCUGGAAAAGUCAAGGCUGGUCUAUCAGGAGCACAAUGAGCGAAACUACCAUGUGUUUUACUACCUGCUGGCAGGAUCGAGUGAAGAAGAGAGGAAAGCCUUUCAUCUCAAGAAGCCUGAAGAGUACCAUUACCUCAGUCAGAUGACAAAGUCAACCCGCCAACUGCACUGGGACAGUUACAGUGAGAGUGAACCGGACUGCUUCACAGUUGAAGGGGAAGACCUGAAGCAUGACUUUGAGAGGCUUCAGCUGGCCAUGGAGAUGGUGGGCUUUCUUCCUGCCACGCGGAAACAGAUCUUCUCCCUGCUGUCGGCCAUCCUUCACCUUGGCAACAUCCGCUAUAAGAGGAAAACCUACAGGGACGACUCUAUUGAUAUCUGUAACCCAGAGGUGCUGCCUGUCGUCUCAGAACUGCUGGAGGUCAAAGAAGAGAUGCUGUUCGAAGCUCUAACAACACGGAAGACCGUUACUGUUGGAGAGAAGCUGAUUGUUCCUUAUAAACUUGCCGAGGCUGGUACGGUGCGAGACUCCAUGGCAAAGUCCCUGUACAGUGCUCUGUUUGACUGGAUUGUCUUCAGGAUCAACCAUGCUCUGCUCAACAUCAAGGACCUGGUGGAAACCACCAAGAUCUUGUCCAUUGGAGUACUUGACAUUUUUGGUUUUGAGGAUUACGAGAACAACAGUUUCGAACAGUUCUGCAUCAACUUUGCCAACGAACGUCUCCAGCACUACUUCAACCAGCACAUCUUUAAGCUUGAACAAGAGGAAUAUAGAGCAGAGGGCAUCAGCUGGCACAACAUCGACUACAUCGACAAUACAGGCUGCAUUAACCUGAUCAGCAAGAAGCCCACAGCACUGUUCCACCUACUGGAUGAAGAGUGCAAUUUCCCUCAAGCCACCAACCAGACUUUGUUGGAUAAGUUCAAGAGGCAGCAUGAGGGGAACAGCUACAUCGAGUUUCCCGCUGUCAUGGAGUCCGCCUUCAUCAUCCGACACUAUGCUGGCAAGGUCAAGUACAGUGUCAAGGAUUUCAGGGAGAAGAACACAGACCACAUGCGCCCGGACAUCGUAGCUUUACUGAAGAGCAGCAAAAACGCCUUUAUCUGCGGGCUGAUUGGCAUUGACCCGUCAGCCACUUUCCGCUGGGCGGUCCUCCGAGCUUACUUCAGGGCCCUGGUGGCUUUCAGAGAGGCUGGGAAGAGACACACGCAGAAGAAGUCUGGGCAUGAUGACGCUGCUCCCUGUGCAGUUUUGAAAAGUGUGGAUAGUUUUAGCUUUCUGCAGCACCCUGUGCAUCAGAGAAGCUUAGAGAUCCUGCAGAGAUGCAAAGAGGAGAAGUACACUCCAGAUGAGAGUGAAAAUGUUGUGCAAAGUGAUGAAACUGAAAACGGUGUGGCCAGGAAGAGUCCGCGAACACCACUGUCAGACCUUCAGGGAAGUAACGUCAAUGAGAAAUCACCACGUGGUUCUCCGGGCCUUGGCUGGAACGGGCGCGUGGGUCGACAGAGCCGCUUAUCGUCCAGCAGCUCCACCACAGAAGAAGACGGCAUCUUUGUCAACUCUGCCAGCAGCAAACUCCUUGAGAGAGCUCAUGACAUCCUCAUGAGGAACAAAAACUACAAAUCUAAGUCAGUUCUUCCGAAGCAUUUGCUGGAUGUCAAGUCACUGAAAUACCUCAGCAAACUGACGCUUCAUGACCGCAUCACCAAGUCACUGCUUCACCUCCACAAGAAGAAGAAACCACCCAGUAUCAGCGCACAGUUCCAGGCCUCCCUAAAUAAGCUAAUGGAGACUCUCGGUCAAUCUGAGCCUUAUUUUGUCAAGUGCAUCCGUUCCAAUGCUGAGAAGCUGCCCUUAAGGUUUAAUGAUAACCUGGUGCUGAGGCAGCUGCGUUACACAGGUAUGCUGGAGACUGUGCGCAUCCGGCAGUCAGGCUACAACAUCAAGUACAGCUUCAAGGAUUUUGUCCAUCACUUUUGUGUGCUACUCCCAGAGGGCACCAGUGCCUCCAGAGAGGGCAUCCAGCAGUCUCUGGGCCAGCUUGAUCUGGAUCCAGAUGGGUACCAAGUGGGAAAGACAAUGGUGUUUUUGCGGGAGGCUGAGCGUCAGCGGCUACAGGCCUUACUCCACAGGGAAGUUCUUAGAUAUAUUGUCACGCUGCAGCGGCGAUUUAGAGCCCGGCUGGAGAGGAAGCAGUUUGUCAGGAUGAGAGAAGCAGCAGUCCGCAUCCAGAAAUGGUGGCGUUUAUACCGAUCCAUAGAAGAGGAGGAGGAGGUGGAGGAGGAUUAUGGCCCUGUGCAGGAGGGGGCAGCUUUGUGUCUGCAGACACACUGGCGAGGUUAUAGGGAGCGCCGGAGGUUCAGGCUGUGGAGGGAGGCUGCUCUGGUGCUGCAGAGGGCGUGGAGGUUAUGGCUCUACCGGCGCUGCACAGCAGCUGUGGUUAUUCAGAUGGCCUGGCGCUGUCAUCAAGCCAGACAAGCCUACUUGCGUCUAUAUGGUGCCGUGGUACAACUACAAGCAAUUAGCAGAGGCCACCUUGCCAGGCAGAGCUUCCAAAAACUGAGAGAACAGAAACUGAGGGAGAAGAAGGAGCAGCAGGAGAAGCUGCUUCAACUACAGAAUGGCCAGGUCACUCUCUCUCCAGAAGAAGAGGAGGUGCCACCUGAGAGAAUCCUGGGGUUGGACCUCAGCAGAUGGGAGGAUCGUUCCUACGAGCAACGAGAAAGGAGCCUCCAAAUCCUCAGCAGCCACGAGGGCGCAGUUAAGGAAGGAGAAGUAAUAGAACAUGCUAGCACAAAAGAGAGCCCCUCUAAGACGCAAACUGAAGCUUCUGCUUUAAUCCAGACAUCCACUGUGGUGGUUCGAAAGAGGUCCAGAAUUGUCGAUGAGCCCAGCCAGAAAACCACCCGGGCCAAGAGAGAGAGCCGGCGGAUGAGAGAGUUGGAGCAGGCCAAGUUCAGCCUGGAGCUCCUCAAGGUCCGGGCAACCAGUGGUGGAGCCUCGUCCCCUUCUGAGGAACGACGUUGGUCUGUCGAGCUGGUGGCCCCUGCAACCCCACCUCUUCGUUCACCCCAGGGCACGCCCGACAGCCAGAGCUCCAAAGGCAGUUUUGAGCUUCUCAGCAUGGAUGAGGAGCCACCCAAGGCUACAGCAGAGGUGACAGACAGUAGGGAGCCCGGCUCCCCUCUUCUUUUAGUUGCUCCAGUACCUGAGCCUAAUGUGGAGGUUUCAACAAGCCCAAAGCCAGUUAAACCACAUAGGACAGAGUUUUCUGAUGCUGGUGCCCACUCAGAAAACCAGGGCCAGAGCAAAAUGGAUCUGGCAGCCCCCUCUGCCCCUACACAUCCGCCCAAAAUCGAGAACUACCUCCCUACCUUUUAUGUCCCUGCUAGUGAGAGCAGCACAGCCAUCGCUUGUCGUCCUGCAGAAGAGCCUCAACAAAACACAGAGGCAGCCGUCUCUGCACCCACCACCACCACUAUUACCAAGCCUCUCAAAGAAAGACGAGAGUCAGCGCGUCGACCAGUGGUAGUGGUCAUCAGUAUGCAGAAGGAAACCCAACUAAGUGAAGCGUUGAGCGAUACUGUCCGUCCCCCUGUAGAGGUUAGAGAUUCCGCAGCCCAGACAGGGGAGUUGACACCAUCACCACAGAAACAAGACCCAGCUCCUGUGCCUCAGGGUUCUGUCCCUGUUUCUACCUCUGUCCCUCAGGCUAACCAGGCUGUCAUAGAGAAGCUGGUGCGACUAAAUGAGGAGAAAGAGGAGAGGCAGCGCAAUCAGCAGCAGCAGAAUGAAAAGGAGAUGAUGGUGCAGAUCAGACAACAGAAAGAAGUGCUGGAGCGGCAGCGCCUUCACUUCGCUCAGUACGAGAGAGAAAUGUUUGAGAAACAAAGAGGAGAAGCUCUGCACAGGAUACAGCAAAUUCGACAGGGUGGACAAGAUCUUGGUGGAACAGCAACCUUCACCAAACCCAUUAGACCCAGUUCCCUGCUUAUUGAGAGAACCGCAAGGGUAGCUCCUCAUGCCAGAACAUCGUCGGACUCCACCGCCCCAUCAGAGGACUCUCCCCCAGGUAAAGACAUCCAGGGCCAUGCCCCUCACCCCCAGCUACCUCCUCCACUUGCUUCUACUCCCAGAGAAAGACGCAGGCCUGUUGCUGAGGGCUGGGCACCCAAACUCACGCUGGAGUCCAAGGAUGGAGGAGGUACCAGAGUGAGAACCACUACCAAGAAGCCAACAAGUAAUCAAGGCAACAAAGUUAGUAUGAUGGAUAAGCCGGGCAACAUCUUCUUCUCUCCCAACGACAAAGUGACAUUUACAAUGUCAGACAGUGAUGCUGUCACUAAAGAAACACCUUUAGCCGUUGCCAGAGAAGGACCCUCACCGGUGGUCACCAAGCCUUCUAAAGGAACAAAUGUUGGCAGAGCAGGCCAAAAAAAGAAAGCCAGAAUGGCACGGACACGCUCCGACUUCCUCACCCGCUCCCCCAUCCACUCAGUUGGGGGCGAUUCAGACGAGGAUGAUUAUGAAGGCGACAGCCCCCUCAGCCCCCGCCAUUACACUCUACCCCUCUCCAAACAGAGCUCCACGGAGGUGGGCUUAGGAGAGUCCUGUUUCAGUGACUCAGACAUGCUUGCAGGCUCUGAGGAGCAAAAGAAGAUGCACAAAGCCAUGUCGUCAGGAGAUUUGGGCAAAGUGGACUCACUGCGCAAGAACUCACAAGAUGGAAGGGUUCGUAAGAUGCGUUUCUGGGGCAAGAACAAGUAUGGGGAUAAGAAGACAUCCAGAGAAAAGCUGAUCUGUGGGGCUGAUUCCCUGGAUGGAGACUACGGAGACACUGGGCCAUUGCUGGGAGAUGGUCAGGAAAACAUGUCUCCCCCCUGCAGUCCUGAUCUGAUGUUGGAUCGCGGGUUGAGAGACUUGAAGGAGAACAAGGAGCCGUCUCCCAAGGUGAAACGAAGGCGUAGUGUUAAAAUCACUAGUGUGGCUCUAGAACCUGCUCAGUGGCAGAACGACGCGCUGCAGAUCCUCACCUGCACCAGCGACUACAGGAGCAUGAACGACUUCCUAAUGAAGAAGAUCAACGACUUGGACACAGAGGACAGUAAGAAGGACACCAUGGUUGACGUUGUGUUUAAAAAGGCUCUGAAGGAAUUCCGUCUAAACAUCUUCAACUCUUACUCCACAGCGCUUGCUAUGGACGAUGGUAAGAGUAUCCGCUACAAAGACCUCUACGCUCUGUUUGAGCAAAUCUUGGAGAAGACCAUGCGACAGGAGCAGAGGGACUGGAGAGAGUCUCCUGUCACAGUGUGGGUCAACACCUUUAAAGUUUUCCUGGACGAAUUCAUGACUGAGUACAAACCUCUGGAUAGCACAUUCAGCAAGCAAGUACCUAAACCUGAACGCAAAAAACGUAGGAAGAAGGACACAGACAUUGUGGAGGAGCAUAAUGGCCACAUCUUCAAGUCCACCCAGUACAGCAUCCCUACAUACUGUGAAUAUUGCUCAUCACUCAUCUGGAUGAUGGAUCGUGCCUGCGUGUGCAAAUUGUGUCGGUACGCCUGCCACAGAAAGUGCUGCCAGAAAACGACCACCAAAUGCAGCAAGAAGUUUGAUCCAGAGCUUUCCUCCAGGCAGUUCGGAGUGGAAGUUUCACGUCUGACUAAUGACGAGAGGACAGUGCCCCUGGUAGUGGAGAAGCUUAUCAACUACAUUGAAAUGCAUGGCCUCUACACUGAAGGAAUAUACAGAAAAUCUGGCUCCACCAACAAAAUAAAGGAACUGAAGCUGGGACUUGACACAGAUGUGGACAGCAUGAAUCUGGACGACUACAACAUCCAUGUUAUUGCUAGUGUUUUCAAGCAGUGGCUGAGAGACCUGCCUAAUCCUCUGAUGACAUUUGAGCUGUAUGAGGAGUUUAUACGUGCCAUGGGUUUGCAAGAUAAAAAGGAAACUAUCAGAGGGGUGUAUUCAGUUAUUGACCAGCUAAGCAGAACUCACCUAAACACUCUGGAACGCCUCAUAUUUCAUCUUGUCAGGAUUGCCUUGCAAGAGGAUACAAACCGUAUGUCAGCGAAUGCCUUGGCUAUAGUUUUUGCUCCCUGUAUCCUGCGCUGUCCUGACACCAUUGAUCCACUGCAGAGUGUCCAGGACAUAGGCAAGACCACAGCGUGUGUAGAACUUAUCAUUUGUGAACAGAUGAAUAAGUACAAGAUACGACUAAAGGACAUCAGUAGCCUGGAGUUUGCUGAAAAUAAGGCGAAGUGCAGGCUGACCUUCAUUCGACGGUCAAUGCCAAAUGCAGCUAAAAAGGGAAAAGGCAAUGCAAAGCGACUAAGCUACCACACACCCUCGCCUCCAGUUAGUCCACGGCUGCCAUCUGUGGCUGACGUUGUGAUAGAAGUGAGUGAUGUUGAAGAGGGGGCGAACUUGUUUCCUGAAAUCUCAGAGCAUCAGCAGGCAGCCAUGCAGCAGGAAGAGAGAGUGUUAACAGAGCAAAUCGAGAACCUGCAGAAAGAGAAAGAGGAGUUAACUUUUGAGAUGCUGACUCUGGAGCCACGAGCAUCAGAUGAUGAGACCCUGGAGUCAGAGGCCUCUAUUGGUACAGCUGACAGCUCUGAAAACCUCAAUGUGGACUCUGAGGGAACCAUUUCUGACUUCUCUGAAAGAGGUCCAGUGUUGACUUCCCCCUGGCCUCGGAGAGCUGACGUGAAGAGCCCCCGACGCCGCCCUCUCCGCCGGCAGCCUGACUCCCUGGACUCUGUGGACUCUUGCUCCAGUGUUUCCUCCUACUCCUCCUCAUCACACUUCCACCCAUCGUCCUCUAGCUCCUCUGCCACCACACGCCGCUUUCGUUUUCACACCAAGUCUCCCUCUUUAGGCUCAAGUCCAGCCCAGCCCCAGGCACAGGCUCUCAAUGCAUCUCAGGCCUCCCGAUCCGACAGUAUAGACAGUAGCCCAACAGGAGAUCUGGAAGGCGCGCAUGAUGAAAGGCCCCAGUUUACAAGUCGAGGCACCUUCAAUCCAGAGAAGGGCAAACAGAAACUGAAGGGGGCCAAACAGUCAUCCCUGAGGCACACCAGAGAUGGCGAUGGUCAUGGCAGGGACCCUCCAGACAUACCACAGCAGCGGGUAUUGUAUGGCAGCAAUGAAUUCAUGGUAUGAAGGACACUGGGACACCAAAGCACUCCCUAUUUAACUCCUUGGCAGGCAUAUACGUUCUCAAUGGGAGGAAACGCAAUGGCGACUAAUCUAUACUUCUCAAAGCACUCUUGCUUAGCCUUUCUUUGUUCUGCAAAGAAGUGUCCCCAAGUGCCGUAUACAGUGUUCCCACCCCCAGAGGGAGAGAUACUUGGCAGAGGGACAGAAAUCAGUGGAAGGGCUCCACUUCUGUGGACUAAACUGCCACCCAUGCUCUCACAGUGCCUUGGCAGCUCUUUACUCAGCGCCGAGAGGAGACGCACUGAGCAGGAGGACAGAGAAAAGGGAAUGUUGGAAAAUGCCGAAGACCACUCAGCAUCAGGGAAUGUUACAGAGCUGGAAAGCUGAAGCAGUGUACUACAGUAAAUAAGAAGAAAUCAGGCAACAUCAUGCGUUAGAGAUGUUAUGGUGAACUUAAAGCUCACAAUUAUUAGCUGCUUUAUGAGUUUACAGUUCAUAACAAUCAGUGUAAGCAAUGGUUGCUCUGUUACUGCAAAUUUGUUUCCCUUAUUUAAUGAAUUUUAUUGUCACAGAAAUUCUUUAUAGCAUAUGAUAUACAGUUAUAAAUACUGUACAAAGCCGGAACACCAGCCUCUGCUGGGUAGUUGAAGUCAAAUAUUUAUCUGUUUUUUGUUUUGUUUGAGUAUCUUGGACAGAGAUGUACGGAUUUGGGCAAUGGAUGAUUUGUGUGUGUGUGUGUGUGUGUGUGUGUGUGUGUGUGUGUGUGUGUGUGUGUGUGUGUGUGUGUGUGUGUGUGUGUGUGUGUGUGUGUGUGUGUGUGUGUGUGUGGUGCGUGUGCCAAGCGCUCAUGCGUGAGUGUAUGUGUGAGAAAGAGAAAAGUACUUUGUUUUUUUAAGUUUGUGCUGCUUUUUUCCCCUUACAAGGGAAACAUCGCCAUCAAAGGGACCAAGUAAGCUGGUGUGCAUUCCAGCCAAGGGGAUCCCAGCUCUGUAAAGAAUGUGUCGGAUGUGUAUAAAAUCCCUGCAUUCACUGCUUAACAGCCAUAAAACAAUUGUAAUGUACAGUUCAUAUGUACAGUAUAGUGAACAAAUGACAUUCUAUUCUUGAAAUCUAUUGUUACCCCCCCCCCAUCCCCCACCCCCCAUCCCCAUCCCCAUCCCCCAUCCCCAUCCCCAUCUCCUGUCUCUAAAGUGUUUGCUCAAUAGCAACCAAGAACGUAAAAUCAAAA